UGCCGAAUCUUCUUUCCCUCCUUCUAUCAUUGCAUAAUCUCCUUAAAUUCAUUUAAACACUAGAACUAGUUUCCAAUCGAUCAUUAUCUUAUCAGACCUAACAAUGGCAUCGUCAUCUGUCUCACUCAAGGCCUCGGCCUUCUCGUUUGUCGCUCUGGCGGUCGGACAUACGCUCGGAGGAACCCAAUGGACCGCCGAACCAGCCUAUCGCACCAUCGCCGGCACCAAGCCCUGGGCUCUCGGCAUUGUCGGCUGGUACCAGGGAAGCGCCUUUCUCUUUACGACCGGCAUCCUCCAUUACCAAUGGGCCCGCAACCCCCGAGCCCUUCAGGAGCCUACUAACAAGGCCAUCGCCAUCAUUCUCAAUGCCGCGCUGUGGGCUAGCUCGGCGUGGUAUUUCAAGCAUGGUAUCAAGGAGAAUGGAUGGGUUGUCGGAGCUGCGGCUGCCUGGCAGGCCUGGUCGGUCGUAAGGGCUUGGUUGAAAUAUUAGAUUUUUGCAGGAGACGUUAUAUAAACGUAUAGCGGUAGACUACUAAUCACUUUGAAGAAGAUUACUAGCGUUUAGUAUUAUUAAACAUUCAAAAGCUC